AUGGAGUCCGAGAAAGAGCUGUCGCAACCCCCGCGCGGACAACCCGUCAACUCCAUUGAGAAUGACGGCGCGAUCACCCCCGAGCUAUGGAAAAUCAUGAUGGAUGUGGUCCUGUCUAUUUAUGAUUACCGAGAAGACGAUGGCCAUGAUCCAUCGCGAUUGUUCCAUCGCAGUGUCAACAAGCGCUAUGUGCCCGACUAUUACGAGAUCAUCAAGGAGCCAAUGGCUCUGAGUAUUUUGAAAGCGCGCAUCAACAAGCGAGAAUAUAAGCAUUUCUCCGAAUUUGUUCGCGACUGUGCCUUGAUCCCACACAAUGCGCAAACCUACAAUAGGCCUAGGUCACAAGCCUACGAAGAUGCGCUUGUUGUCAAGGAGGUUUUUGCCGCCGAGUUCAGAAAGUUAGCUGAGCAGGGCACGAUCCCCGCCGAACAGGCAGAACUACCCGAUCUCGGAGAAAUCCCCGAGGCUGAUCCGUUGCCGGAUGAGGAUGAGGAAGAGGAAGAGGAGGAAGAAGAUGAGGAUGACGACUCCGAGGAUGAGGGCCGGCGAAGGAAGAAGCCCGGUCCCAAGCCGGGCUUUAAGCGUGGAAUGGCUCAGAAGAACGAACCGGACCUUCGCAAGAAACGAGGCCGCCCUCCGCGCGUGGACACGCCUAUGGAAAUUCGCAUCAAGACCAUAUUGAAGGGUAUCCGGAAGUUCAAGGGUGCCGGUGGUCAUCUGAAGAUUACACACUUCGAACGACUCCCCGACAAGGCCACUUAUCCCGACUACUACAUGGAGAUCAAGGAACCUAUCGCCAUCGAUAUCAUCAAGCGCAAGUCCAAGCGCAAGAAGUACAACUCUGUUGACCAUUUCAUGCGCGAUCUCGAUCUCAUGUUCGAGAAUGCCAAGGCUUACAACCAGUCUGAUAGCGAGAUCUUCAAGGAUGCCUACGAUCUGCAAAUCGAGGCACGAAAGCUAGCCGAUCAAGAAAAGAAGAAGCCCGACAGCGAGUUCCUGAUGGAAGACGGGCGCUUCCCGCUGCCCGAUGGUAUUCUCCACCGCGGUGAACUGUGGAAGGUUGGUGACUGGGUUCAUAUUCAGAACCAGAACGAUGUGUCCAAGCCCAUUGUCGCACAGAUCUACCGAACCUGGCAGGACUCUGAAGGAGAGAAAUGGAUCAACGCAUGUUGGUAUUAUCGCCCCGAGCAGACUGUCCAUCACUUCGAGAAGCACUUCUAUCCCAACGAGGUUGUGAAGACUGGACAAUACCGAGACCACCGGAUCGAUGAGAUCGUGGACCGAUGUUUCGUCAUGUUCUUCACCCGUUACAGCCGAGGCCGCCCAAGAGAUCUCGCACCGGAUAAGGAGAUCUACGUGUGCGAGGCUCGCUAUAACGAGGAGAAACACAAGUUGAAUAAGAUCAAGACAUGGGCCAGCUGUCUUCCCGAUGAAGUGCGCGAAAAGGACUACGAGAUGGAUCUCUUCGAUAUCCCUCGCAAGAUCAAGAAGGUUCCUAGCCCAAUCAAACACCUACUGAAAGAGGAUGCAAAGGAGACCGAUGACCUCCCUCGGCCAACCUGGGGAACCGACAAUGCACCCCCUGUUGUCGGCGCCGUCCACCGCCGUCCACGAGAUGAGAAUGAAUCCCCACCACCUGAGCCUACCCCAUCCCCACCUCCUCCUUCCUUGCCCCAGGCCGUAGCACCCCGUCAAUCACUGAGCCAAGCGCCUCCCGUCUCCGCCAUCAGCCUAGCCGCUGCUGCACUGCAAUCACACUCACCGGCACCCCCAAUGGCCAUGCACACCUCUCCCCGGCCCUCACCCGCCUUCGCCCCAGCAAUGACCCCAGCCCAAGCCUAUCAAGCCUCCCUCCAACGCCGCACCAGCAACUUUGCCACGCCACAAGCCCCAGCAGGCGUAUACCAGGCCUCGCCAGUGGCUCAGCCCUACUCAGCAGUCCAGCCACCCUACGCCGGCUACUCCCAGAGCCGUAUGCAAGCUCCACCAUCAGUGUAUAAUCCCAACGCUCCCCGCCCCGUGGAAGUCUUCCACCUAAGCGACGCAGCCAACGCCGCCAUCCCAGAGGACAUCCGCCAACAGUUCCACUGCGACGACCAAGGCCGCGUCCUCUUCUUCUCCACGCCACCGAUGGAUUUCGUCCCGCCUUCAAACCCGAAGCUCGGCCACUCCCUGAAGUACCUGGCGACCAAAGAGGGGCACCAGAAGAAGGUCGCAGAGAGGAAACGCAAGCUGGCUGAUGAGCAGGCCGAGCGUGAAGAGGCGGCGAAACGUCAUCAGGCUGAUGUCGAGACGGAUCUCGCUGCACGUGUUCAGGGCCUGACCGGUAAGGCUUUUGAGACGUUGGUGCAGCGUGUCGUUACCGGUACCGGGCAGUUACUUGAUUCUCUUGGGGAUCGGUCCGGUGCUGUGGAUGUGGAUGGACGUGAGCGUGGUGCUUUGGCGGAUUCGCUGGCCAGGGAGCAGACCAGAAAGAUUCAGGCUCAGUCUACGACGGAGGGACCGGUUAAUUUGAAGGGUGAUGCUUUGUACCUCGGCAAGGGUCAGUAG